GACUGCCCCAAGGAGAGGCCUAUAUAUUGCGGCGUUGAUAAAAGGACCCGUUCCUCGAUCGACAUGUGUCAAAGGGUGGUGCCAGUGCCAGCUCUAGAGCCAGGAAGUAACAAUCUCUGCACGCGAUUCUAUACCAUCAGCUUGAGGGUGGACAUCCUCCAUCGGUGAUACUGGUCUGAGAGAACAUGUCCGAUCCUAUCAAGAAGGUCGUUGUCCUCGGGGCGACAGGCAACGUCGGGAAGCCCAUCAGCACCGCACUCGCUGAAGCCGGGUUCACCGUGACGGCGGCCUCGCGCACCCCGGGGAAGAAGUUCCCCGACGAGACGAACAUCAUCUCCGCCGUCAUCGAAGACUACAGCUCCCUCUCAGCCCUCACGGCACUCUUCACGGGCCAGGAUGCCGUGGUGGAAGCCAUUCCCCCCAACGCCCUGCACCUGCAGUCCACCAUCGUGGAAGCCUGCGUCGCCGCGGGCACGGUCAAGCACAUCAUCACGCCGGAUUUUGCGGGCGACACGUUCAAUGAGCACAUCAGCGAGCUGCCGCUGUAUGUGCCCAAGGUGGAGGCGCAGAAGGUGCUGGAGGAGAAACUGAAGGGCACAAAGGUGAACUGGAGCGCCAUUAUCACGGGAGGUUGGUAUGACUGGGCCAUCCCGCUGGGUUACUACUGGAUCAACCCGCGCACAAACACCCUCGUGGUCUACGGCAGCGGCGACCAGCGCAACAGUAUGUGCCGCGUCUCCACCGCCGCACAGGCCGUCUGCGACGUGUUCCGCCAGCCCGACAAGUACGCCAACCGGCCCGUCUACGUCGCCGACCACACCGUGAGCAUGAACCAGCUGAUCCCGAUCCUCGAGGAGGUCAAGCCGGGCUGGGAGAUCCAAAGGGUCGACCUGGACGAGUUCCUGGCCACCGCGAAGAGGAUGUGGGAUGAGGAUUCGAAGGAAGGGGUCGAAGUGCGCCUGUUGACUCCUGCGUACAAUAUGCUAGGAACCUACGGCAUCUUCGAAGAGCACAACCGCUACAACGCCGACUUCGAACGCUUGAUCGAACCCGGGUCCGGCUAUCAGAAGACCCUGGAGGACCUGAAAGAGGAGCUCAGGACGCUGGUCGCGUGAGCAGAUGGACCAAAACCCAGAGACGUGGUUACGGGGCCAGCUGGGUGUCUUCUAGCUAGACUAGAGGGAUGAACGGGAAAGAGGAUGGAAGGGCGAGAAGUGGAGAAGUGGAAGAUCAGGCUCACUCGUCCUCCCACCUUGUCAUGAUAGAUUUCGUCCUCAUCUCCCUUGAUUGAUCCAACCAGGUUUGGAAGAGGACGCUAAAGAAUCAGACAAACAAGAUAGCUCGCCACUCACGCAGCUCCACCGCAAUAAAUGCCAUCACUUCGAGUUUCAG